GUUUUGAACGUGGUUAGGGCUAAUUAUGACACUCUAACUCUUCGUGUAUUCUUCGAGACUGAAAUCAUGCAUAUUUACCAAGAGCAACCGGAUCAAACCUUCUUUGAUAAUCUGCUUGUCGCUGUUGUCAGGCAGAGUCGGAAGAAUGUCGUCGAGGCCGCCUUGGACAUGCAGACCAGCUUCCAUGAGCUGUCUGUUAUCUCUUGA